CAACUGCUUCAACCUGUCAGUAGAGAAGUGGUGUGUGUAGGUGAUGCGGAACACCGGAGAGACUGAGGAGAGCCGGCUCACCCCAUGCACCGGAGCCAGGAAGGGGUGGACACCCGGACCUCCACCGGGACACAGACCGAGAGCAUGCAGGGUCAGGUUCCGAGGCUUUCGAAAGUGAACUUAUUUACACUACUGAGCCUUUGGAUGGAGGUUUUCCCUUCCCGAGAAGAUGCAGAGAACAAGAAGCAACCUCAGAUAAAGAAGACCGGUCUUGUAGUUGUGGGUAACAUGAAGAUUAUUGGACUGCACUGUUCCAGCAGUGAGCUCCAUGCUGGUCAGAUUGCAGUCAUAAAGCAUGGCUCAAGACUCAAAGAUUGCGAUCUGUAUUUCUCCAGAAAGCCGUGCUCUGGCUGUCUGAAAAUGAUUGUAAAUGCUGGGGUGAACCGAAUUUCCUACUGGCCCUCAGACCCCGAGAUGAGCCUCCAGGAAGAAAUCUCGAACCACAGCGACAACGGAGAUGCCAGGCUAGAUGCCAAGGCAGUAGAGAGGCUGAAAUCAAAUAGUCGCGCUCAUGUAUGCGUGCUGCUGCAGCCACUGGCAUGCUACAUGAUGCAGUUUGUCGAGGAAACCUCUUUGAAAUGUGACUUUGUUCAGAAGAUUGCCAGGAAGGAUCCGGAAUUCCCAAUAAGCACUUUUUAUGAGUACCGCCAGGAGAGGAUUAAGGAAUAUGAAACGUUGUUUUUAAUCUCCAGUGAAGACAUGCACAAGGACAUUCUUAGAAUAACGGGGCUGGAGAAUCUCUGUGAGAAUCCAUACUUUAUAAGCCUGAGACAGAAUAUGAAGGAGCUGGUGCUCAUAUUGGCCACAGUGGCAUCCAGCGUUCCUAAGUAUUCCGAUUUUGGGUUCUACCUCAGUAAAUCAAGCAAUGAGAGUCGCCCGAGUCUAACCCAAGAAAUUGCCCUACACUGUAUAAUUCAAGCCCGGCUGCUGGCAUAUCGAGCAGAGGACCACAAGAUUGGAGUUGGCGCUGUUAUUUGGGCAGAACGGCAGUCUGACUCCUCAGACUGUGACGGCACAGGACCAAUGUAUUUUCUUGGUUGUGGAUAUAAUGCUUUCCCUGUCGGAUCUGAAUAUGCUGAUUUUCCUCACAUGGACGACAAGCAGAAAGACAGAGAAAUCAGGAAGUUCCGCUACAUUGUGCAUGCAGAGCAGAAUGCCAUAACAUUCAGAUACAAUGAGAUUAAACCGGAUGAAAACAGCAUGAUCUUUGUGACUAAAUGCCCAUGUGAUGAAUGUGUACCCCUGAUUAAAGGCUCCGGCAUCAAGCAGAUCUAUGCCGGUGAUGUUGAUAUUGGAAAAAAGAAGGCUGACAUUUCAUAUAUGAAGUUUGCGGAACUCAAAGGAGUCAGUAAAUAUAUAUGGCAGAAAAAUCCACACAGCGCUUGUUCUGAUGAUUCAUCUGAUUCCAGCAACGUGGAGAAUGGACCUUUGAAAAGCAAUGCGGAAGAUGAUUCGUGCUUUAAAAAUAAGAGAAUGUGUCUUGGGCAAAGCUCAUGAGUUAUGCCGUUUUCUCACCACAUAAUGAUUAAUUUUCAGAGUUAUUUUAGAAAAGUUUAUUUUAUUGCUCAGUGGAAAAUUCUAUUUUAAGAUGUACAGUGAAUUA